AUGUGCAAGAUCGGCGAGACUAGCAGCGGGAUCCACCGAUAUGGUCUCAACCCGGCGACUUCGUUUCCAUCCAUCCAAUCACGAAACAGAUCGUGUUUCACGGGCGCCGCCGAUGGGGUGCUCAACCCGUCGAGAGUACGGUUUGGAUCGGCCGAGAUCUAUCGGGUACUCGAGGGUCAAUUUUCGAAAGAGAUUGUUGAUUCCAUAUGUGUAGGCCAGCGACGACCAACAGAUACAGAUGAGCGAGUGAUACUCUUUUUGCUCAUGAGACCAGGGGUAGCGUUCACACCGGACCUGGUUGCACGAGUGAAGAGCGCGAUUCGCACAGAGCUCAGCCCCCGCCAUGUGCUGAUGUUCACGUUCGAGACACCUGAAAUUCCGGGUGGAGUCAUAAUAGAAGCUGGAAAGGACUACACAUUCGGUACUAGCGGACGUCCGGGUUCUGCCUCUGGAACAGAGGGCACUUUUGACUUGGUGCUUGAUGAAAGCGGUGCAAAGGUUGCUAAAAUCCACUUUGACUGUCCGUGGUUUGGUUCAAAUCAGGUUAAAACGGACGGUUCCGAGAAUCCGGAUUAUUUUGUUGCGAUUUCCGAAUUCAACCAGGGUCCCUCUGGUCCUCUCGGGACUGGCCAUAUUGCGGUUUAUGGACGGUAA